CUUCAACUAGAUGCACUCAUAUCUUCAAGACAUUUCCUUUAACAACUCAGCCGGAGAGACAGUGUUCUUUAAUGAAAAAGGGGAAAGGAGAGGUGGAUUUGACAUAAUGAACAUGAUCAUGUUUCCAAACAAUUCCUUCCUUCGUGUGAAAGUUGGAAGGGUGGAAGAUCCUAGAGCUCCUGAAGAAAAUGGAUUCAUGAUCAAUGAAGAUCUAAUUGUUUGGCAGAGGAGCUUUAACAAGGUGCCUCCCCUUUCUGUGUGUAAUGAACACUGCCAGCCUGGUUAUCAGAAGAAAACGAAGGAAGGAGAACAAUUUUGCUGCUAUGAUUGUAUUCCAUGUCCAGAAGGGAAGGUUUCAAACCAGACUGAUAUUGAUGACUGUUUCAGAUGCCCAGAGCAAGAGCAUGCAAGCAAAGAUAGAAGUGACUGCAUCCCUAAGACAAUAACCUUUCUAUCAUACCAAGAGCUUUUAGGGAUUAGUUUAGCCGUGAUUGCUGUUUCCUUUUCCCUGAUCUCAGCCUGGGUGUUGGGAACUUUUAUUAAGCACAGAGAUACGCCCAUAGUCAAAGCCAACAACCGGGACCUCACGUACACGCUGCUCAUCUCCCUCCUGCUCUGCUUCCUCUCUACAUUGCUAUUUCCUGGAAGACCUAACACAGUGACCUGCCUCCUCCGACAACCAACUUUUGGCAUUGUCUUCUCAAUGGCUGUUUCUUGUGUGUUGGCCAAAACCAUCACAGUGGUUGUAGCUUUCAUGGCUACCAAACCAGGGUCCAGCAUGAGGAAGUGGGUGGGGAAAAAACUGAGCAACUCCAUUGUCCUCUCCUGCACUGUUACCCAAGCAAGUGUUUGUACUGUAUGGCUGACCACGGCUCCCUCAUUCCCUGAUUUAGACAUGAACUCUGUAGCAGAGGAAAUCAUUGUGCAAUGUAAUGAAGGCUCCGUUGCAAUGUUUUACACUGUCCUGGGCUACUUGGGCCUCUUGGCUACAGCCAGCUUCAUUGUGGCAUUCUUAGCCCGCAAAUUACCAGAUACAUUUAAUGAAGCCAAGUUCAUUACAUUCAGCAUGUUGCUGUUUUGCAGUGUUUGGUUGUCCUUUGUUCCAACCUAUCUGAGCACCAAAGGGAAGUAUAUGGUAGUGGUGGAGAUCUUCUCCAUCCUGUCCUCCAGUGCUGGCUUAUUGGGCUGCAUCUUUGCCCCUAAAUGCUACAUCAUAAUGCUGAGGCCUCAGAUGAAUAGCAGGGAGCAACUCACAAGGAGAAAGAAUUGAAGAAUUUUGCUGUGUAUCCUGUUUUAUUUUUGUAUGUGUAGAGUGCAAGUGGCUUAGGAUACAAAAGCCUU